CGUCGCCCUCGCUAGCCGCGAACGGGAAAUUACCCCACCAACACAUCCCAAGCACAUAGAAAUGUCUUUCCUCCCACAAAGCACCCAGCCGGGUGACCCAAUCAAAGAAAGGUACCGAAAGGAUAAAGAGCGGGAAAAUGGCCCCUCAUUCCCGUAAUUAACAUGGCGCCUGAUUAGCUUCAAAGCCCACGGGAAGCCUAAGCACAAGAUGGAGCCUGCUCUAUCCUCCUAUCUGUAUCGCAGAUCAGCGAACUUCGAUUUCUCUCUUCUCCUGAUGCAACUCUACAUCCUACCCAGGAGGAGCCUGAGGCUGCGAAAAGGGAAUCAUAUGGAAAGAGAAUCAGUUGGCUUUAUCCAAGGUUCCAGGACUAGGCCUGGUCUCCCUGGAAGGUUGACUCAGGUGCGCUUAGCCCCAAAUUUUCAUACUGUCACUGGCUAAGAUUGUCGUCAAUCUUCAUCUGAAGAUGACUUUCAUCUUCAAAAAAGAGUGGGAGUGGCUUUCAGAGGGGAAGGGGCUUGUCAAGGAAUAUAAGAGGCUUCAGGAACAACAUGGAGACUUUGGAAGGGGUAGGCGGGACCUGAACACGAGUGGGCGGGGUUUAACCACACUCGGCGGGGCUUAGAGCGGGGCGGGAGUUCAUUCACAAGGGGAGAGCUUAAAAGCAUUCAGUGGCAUAGAAGUGACUUGGAAGUGAUUAGGAAGCUAGAUGAGUGGUGGAAGGGGUUGUAGGAGAGUGGGAGGGGCUUAAAGAGCAGUAGGUGUGGCUUGGGUAGAUGGGCGUGGCUUAUAAGGUAGUAGGCCGGGCCUCACAGGUCUGUGAGUCCAAGGAGCCUGAUAGGGGGAGGCUGAUGGGGACGUGGCCCCCUCACCCCACUCCAUGUCUCCCCGCUCCAGAGAGAGCCCCCACCCGCCACUGCCCUCGCACCACGCCACCAUGGAUGACGCCCCGCUGCCAGCGCCCCCGGUCCCUGCCCCGGCUCCGCCCGCUGUUGCCCCCCGCGUCCCGUUUCACUGCAGUGAGUGUGGCAAGAGCUUCCGCUACCGUUCGGACCUGCGGCGCCACUUCGCUCGGCACACUGCGCUCAAACCUCACGCGUGUCCGCGCUGCGGCAAAGGCUUCAAGCACAGCUUCAACCUGGCCAACCACCUGCGCUCGCACACCGGCGAGCGGCCCUACCGCUGCUCCGCCUGCCCCAAGGGGUUCCGAGACUCCACCGGCCUGCUGCACCACCAGGUCGUCCACACUGGCGAGAAGCCCUACUGCUGCCUAGUCUGCGAGCUCCGCUUCUCCUCGCGCUCCAGCCUGGGCCGCCACCUCAAGCGCCAGCACCGUGGGGUGCUCCCGUCCCCCCUGCAGCCCGGCCCAGGCCUGCCCGCCCUGAGCGCUCCCUGCUCGGUCUGCUGCAACGUGGGGCCCUGCUCGGUGUGCGGGGGCGCGGGGGCUGGCGGCGGAGAGGGCCCAGAGGGGGCAGGCGCGGGCCCGGGGAGCUGGGGGCUGGCGGAGGCGGCGGCCGCGGCGGCGGCCUCACUGCCCCCGUUCGCGUGCGGUGCUUGCGCGCGGCGCUUCGACCAGGGCCGCGAGCUGGCAGCCCACUGGGCUGCGCACACCGACGUGAAGCCCUUCAAGUGUCCGCGCUGUGAGCGCGACUUCAACGCCCCCGCGCUGCUGGAGAGGCACAAGCUGACCCACGACCUGCAGGGACCGGGCGCGCCCCCCGCGCAGGCCUGGGUCUCCGGGGCUGGCGCCGUGCCCGAGACGGCCGGCGAGGGCGGCGCUGCGGAGGCGGGCGAGGCUCAGCCGGCCUGGGACGGCAGGCUGCUCCUGGGCCGCGCCGGGGGCGGCGUGCCCGAGCUGGGGGGCCUGCUCCCCGAGAGCGGCGGGGAGGCCCCUGCGCCCGCGGCCGCGGCCGAGCCGUCGGAAGACACCCUCUACCAGUGCGACUGCGGGACCUUCUUCGCGUCGGCGGCGGCGCUGGCCAGCCACCUGGAGGCGCACUCGCGCCCCGCGACCUACGGCUGCGGCCACUGCGGGGCCCUCUACGCGGCCCUGGCGGCCCUGGAGGAGCACCGGCGCGCCAGCCACGGCGAGGGCGGCGGUGCGGAGGAGGCGGCGGCGCCCGCCCCGGAGAGGGAGCCCGCGUCUGGGGAGCCUGCGUCCGGCUCGGGCCGCGGCAAGAAGAUCUUCGGCUGCUCCGAGUGCGAGAAGCUGUUCCGCUCGCCGCGGGACCUGGAGCGGCACGUGCUGGUGCACACGGGCGAGAAGCCGUUCCCGUGCCUGGAGUGCGGCAAGUUCUUCCGCCACGAGUGCUACCUCAAGCGCCACCGGCUGCUGCACGGCACCGAGCGGCCCUUCCCCUGCCACAUCUGCGGCAAGGGCUUCAUCACGCUCAGCAACCUCUCCAGGCACCUGAAGCUGCACCGGGGCAUGGACUGACGUGGCCAGGCCGUGCGCCCCUCCGCUAGACCACCCCUCCCGAGGGCUGGACUCAGGGCCCGGGCCAAGGGACCUAGGGACCACGAGGGAGGCCCCGGCCCUCCAGACCCAGACACGGGCCCCUGAGCUGGGGGGCAGUGAAUAAACGGAGAGAUUCCUCAGCUCCAGGCCCCUGGAAUGCGUGCUGAGCACUCCCAAAUCAACAGGCUCCUAAGCUGCGGGAGAAAUGGGUCUCCACAAGUACUUCUCAUCUUGCGGGCCCAAAUAAUAAAAGAUGGGCACCCCUCCCCCAAGGGAAGACUGGCCCUCUCCCUAAGAGCCAUCAUUCCGACGACCUUGAUCCGGAGAAUGGGGGGGAGCCAUGUCCCCGGAUUUCCCUGGAUCCCCUCCCAAUGCUACCCACCAGAGUCACUGGUGCCCCCAGAUAAAGGAUAUAGCCGGAAUCUGCCUCUCCACUCCCCCGACUUUACUCCCUAUGCGGAAAGAGGACCAGGGUAGUCGCCCCCUGCCCUCAACCCCUUCCCCAAUUAGGUCUCCCUCCCCUACUAAGGAAUGGAUCGACCCUAAUGAUCUCCCCCACCCCAAAAAACUAGAAUAGCCUGGUUCAAAAUCCCUGCGCCCAGUAGGAUGGACUGAUCCAGAUACACAUACCCCCACGCCCUGUCCACUGGAAUGGGCUGCUCCAGGUUGCCACCUGCGCCCCACCCUCCUUAGAAUGCAUACGGCAGGCACUCCUCCCCUUCCUCUAGCGUGUGGGCAGGUCCACGUCAUUCCGCAUUAUGUGAACUCAUGAGUGGGAGGUGGGGGACAUUGGGGUAUCCCUCCCACUCUGCUGUAGCACCUGUCGGUCUUUCUCUCCAUGUCUGUCAGUUUGUCUCUGUGUUCUUCCCAACCCCAGGGGGAAGGGGGAUUUGGCUAGGGGGUUUCCCCCUGUGAGCCUCGACCUUGCCCCCAUCCCACUCCCCAGUGUCUCCUGGACCCCAAUAAACCUCGUCCUGUCAGCCAC